CAACCCUUGUUAAACUAGCAAAACAUCUUUCAUUACACUACAAAGUAACAACAAUGUCUAAUUUGCCCAUUUUCAAGAGCAACUCUAGAAGCCAUCUCCACCAUCCAUCCCCCAUGGAUAUGUGGGAUUCCUUCAAAGAUUUCCACCACCGCCACGAAGCCAUCUUAGCACAACGCCCGCGACUUCAUGGCAACAGUGGAGUGAGAGUGGAGUGGAGUGAGACCCCGGAAGCUCACGUGCUCAGGGCUGAGCUUCCUGGGCUCAAGAAAGAGGAAGUGAAGGUGAAGGUGAAAGAGGGCAAAUUCUUGAAAAUUAGUGGAAAGAAGAAAGUGGAGAGAGAAGAUAGGCACGAGAAUUGGCACCACGUUGAGCGUAGUAAAGGCAAAUUCUCUAGGGUUUUCACCCUACCGGAGAAUUCGAAAGGCGAUAGCGUGAAAUCGCUUUUUGAUAAUGCGAUUCUCACCGUUACGGUUCCUAAGAGGGAUGCUAAGAAAUCUCUUGUUGUCAAGGAGUUUGAAAUUAAAGGUUGAGAUUGUUUAGGUCUGGUGUUAUAUGAUUGUACCUUGCAUAAUGGAAAUAUAUCAUUAUUAAUUACUAAUAGAUCUAUAAUUUUUUA